UUCAAGGAGAGAGAAAGAGGCAAAUUGGGCUGAAAUCAUUUAUUUUGCUUGCAUCCCAUCUCGCUGUGAGGGAGAGUCAUAGCAGGCAGACAAUGAGCCCAUGUUCAAAGUCAAAGACACAGGAGAACAGCCUCAGUGUCCUCCUAAGCAGCGAGGAGAAUGAGCGUCUAGUGGAGCUGCUGGGCCGAAGGCGUUUGACCCUCGCCACUGCAGUUGUGCAGCUGUACAUGUCCCUGCCUCACAGCCCCUCCCUCUGGAGUCUGCAGCAUGCUGGAGUGGUGUGCUUCAUCAAGGACAGCCAGCACCGCUCCUACUUCAUUCGCCUCUAUGACAUUAAGGAGGAAAAGCAGAUAUGGGAGCAGGAACUAUAUGACCAGAUGAUUUACUGUAGUCCUCAGCCCUACUUCCACACCUUUGCUGCAGAUGACUGCCAGGUGGGGCUGAACUUCAGCAGUGAACAGGAAGCAGAAGCUUUCAAAAACACUAUGGAGGAGACGAUCCGCCAGAGAGCAAAUCGCCAAGAUAGAAGAAGACUGCCACCCCCACCUCCUGCUGAUGGACCAGCAUUGUAUCCUGGAACCCUGGUGACGGUCAACAUCCCAAACCCUGACAUUCGGGCAUUACACUAUCAGCCAGCAGCUGUCCCUACACCAGCACCUGCCUGCAUCAGCAAGAUCAAAAAUGACAAGAAGACAAAAAAUCGCCCCAAACUGACUAAAGCUGACAUAGGCGCCCCCUGUGGCUUCAAACAUGUCACUCACAUAGGAUGGGACUCUAACACAGGAUUUGAUACCAAUAACCUGGACCCCGACUUAAAGAAGCUCUUCUCCUGUGCUGGGAUCAGUGAGGACCAGCUGACUGAUGCUAAAACCUCCAAAAUCAUCUAUGACGUCAUUGAGAAGUCAGGAGGGCUUGAGGCAGUCAAAGAGGAGAUGAGAAAACAAGAUUCCACAUUGCUCCCACUCCAUUCAGAUCAACCUGCCCCCAAUCAUGGGACCCUGCCACCUCAACACCUGCAUCAGCAUCUCUCCAUGGCUGCCCCUCCUCCCCCUCCGCCCCCCCCUGCUCCAAUCCCCAGUAAUGCUGACUACCCUGCAGGUCAAGGGGCCUUACUAGACCAGAUCCGUCUGGGGAAGAAGCUGAAAAAUGUGACAGAAAGUCCAGACUCCCAAGCCCCAGUCCAGGUAGAGUGCAGUGAGGGUAUUGUGGGAGCGCUCAUGAUGGUCAUGCAGAAAAGGAGCAAGGUCAUCCACUCCUCAGAUGAGGAAGACGGUGACAAAGGGGAUGAUGAGGAUGAUGAGUGGGAUGACUAAUAAAUCUUUUUAUUUAAAGCUCCUCUUUCUGCUCAUCUGUAAAGUUAGAUUCUUAUGUUAGUCAGUGUUUUGGUGUCUUUUGCAAAUCAGCACUGUGCAUGGUUCCUCUGAGCUGCUA